AUAUUCUUCACCGCCACCAACAACAAUAACAAUAAAAGAUAUACAUACGGAUGAUGCGAAUGAUAUUUCCGCCGAUGUAAGAAUUUUUUUCUCUUGAAUCAUCUGGAGAAAUUAUCGCAUCAAUUUGAGGCCAAUGAUACUUUUUUAUUCAUUCAAAAAAAUUGAUUACAAAUAAUUUCGAAUACAGUGAUUGUGUUUUUUUUUUUUGAGUUGAAUCGAUAUUCCCCAUCAUCAUCGCGUGGAUCGUUGAUUAAUCACCAUAACACCAUAAAAUUAUGGAGAUAAUACAACGAUUCAAUGCAUCAUUAUCAUCAUUGUAUGAUGAUAAAUUACCAGUGUCAAAGGCUAAAAUAUCAGAAAUAACAAAGGCAGCAAUCACGGGUAUUCGUGUGUAUAAACACAUUGUACAAUCAGUGGAACGUUUUAUACAUAAAUGUCGACCUGAAUAUAAACUUCCAGCAUUAUAUGUAAUUGAUUCUAUUGUUCGACAUUCACAACAUGAAUUUCGUAAUUCUAAAGAACGUGAUGUAUAUGGACAACGGUUCAAUAGGAAUUUAGGACAAACAUUUCAGAAUCUAUUCUCGACGUGCCUUCCCGAGGAUAAGCCAAAAAUUGUACGGGUUCUGAAUUUAUGGCAAAAGAAUAAUGUAUUCUCGCCUGAUGUGAUACAACCAUUAUUGGAUUUAGCCAAUCCAAAUACUUCACUAUUACAGACUUCUAGCUCGACAAUUUCAAGUGAAACUACAAAUAUUCAUCAUCAUGAAUCAUCCAACACGUUCUUGGGACAGCAGAAACAGCAGCAACAUCAACAACAAACAUCAUCGACUACAUCGUCAUCAUCAUCAUCUCAUCAACAUCAUAGAUCGCACAAAAGAUUUUCUAAUAAUCUUGAUUUAGAUUUAUCACCAAAAACCAACGAUGGCAAUGAUUCACAAAAAAGUCAAAUGCUGCAGAACCAAGAUCAGAAUAAAGCAUCUUAUGAUCGAAUGUUUUCAGAAGCUUCAGCUGCAUUUCAUGCCGUUCGACAAUUGGCCAAUAAAUGCGAGAAUCAAAAUUCAACAAGUUCGAAUGCUGAUCAAGCUUUAGCAUCUCAACUUCAACAAUUGGCAUCCUGUUUGUCACAACUUCAACAAGAUCAUACUGUUAAAACACUAAAUAGUGUUGAUGGCUUAAACGAGACCAAUUUUGAUGUUGAUCCAGAACUGGAUUUGGAUGAUAAUGAUGAUGAUGAUGAUGAUGAUAUUUCGACGCCUACAGAAGCUGAACCGCCAUAUCCAAAACCAUCAAAAUUAUCAAAAAAGUUUAUUCCAAAUGAAAAAACAUUAAACACAUUUGCAGGUUUGAUGCAAAUCAUUCGCCAACAAUCUAUAAACAAAACAUCAGGUGAAGAAUCAAUUACAACAUCAACUGGUAACAAUGGUGAAAUUCAACAUCACUUCCAUCAUUAUCAUGACGAUGGCAAUUCAGCACAAGACACCAUAUUUCAGAAAUUUUUCAAAUCUUCUGCAGUUACAUCAGCUUCAGCAGUAGCAGCUCAAACGCAACAGCAGGCAGCAUCAAGUUCAAUGCUACUACCGAAUCAUGUCAAUUUACAAUCAUCUAGCUCAGAUUUAUUAAAUUCGUAUCAUUGCCAAAAUCAAGGUGAUCAUACUGAAUCCCUAACAGAAAGUUCAGCGCAGCUUAAUGAAAAUCAACAACCAUUGGCGACAAAUUCAUUAAACAAUGAAUUUCAACAGUCGUCAUCAAAACUUCGUUCAUCAUUUCGAUCAUCUCGAUCACCAUCGAAUGAUCGAAACCAUGGUAGGGAUCGUCACCAUAGGGAUCGUGAUCGUCAUCGUUCAUCACGGUAUCGUCGGUCAUCAUCUCGAGAUGAUCAAGACCGUAGUGAAAGGCGUCGUUCACGUGAACGAAGUCGUUCAUCAAAUCACCGUAGAUCACGUUCCCGUAGUUCAAGCCGCUCACGUGAUCGUUCCGAUCAGAAUAUUGAACGCGAACGUGAAGAACGAGAACGACAACGAGAGAAACGUCGUAAAGGCUAUCCACCAUGUCGAAAAGAUCGAAUGACCAUUUGUAGUACGACUUUAUGGAUCGGUCACCUUCCUAAGCGAACUACAUCCGAAAGCGAACUUAAUGAUCUAUUUGGUGAAUUUGGCGUUAUUCAAAGUAUCGAUUUGAUUCAUUCACGAGGAUGUGCAUUUGUUUGCAUGGAUCGGCGCCAGGAUGCUUACAAAGCAUUUGCCAAGAUUAAAUCGCAAUCAAAAAUUUUAAAUUCAAAUCAAGUCAAAAUUACCUGGGCACCUGGCAAAGGGAUCAAAAACAAAGAAUAUAAAGACUAUUGGGAAUCCGAUAUCGGCUCUUCAUUUAUACCACAUAAAAUAUUGCUAGAGCAAGAAGAUAUUGAUUUAGACCAAUUGGAAGAAGGUGGCAUGAUUGAUGAAGAUUCUAUACCGGAACAAUUAAAAGAACUGCGCCGACUUAAACGUCAAGAGAAAAAAGAAAAAGAACUUUUCAUUAAACAACAGCAACAAAUAGCCGCUGUAGCUCCAACUAUGGUUACAGGUGCUGUUGCAGUUAAUUCUUUGAUUCCUUACCCUGCCGGAUAUGUUGCCGCGCCGCCACCACCACCACCACCAAUACCGUUAUUAACAGCUCCCACUUCAACAUCUUUCAAAACAAAUCCUCACCCAUCUCCGAUUUCUUUUAAUAAUUCUCAUCAUCAAAUUCCGAUACCAGUGCCGCCACCACCACCAGCGACUGCACUAUUAGGAUUGUCGGGCUCUUUUCCGCCAAAUGUUCCACCACCGCCGCCGCCACCACCACCACCAUCGUCAUUAGGUCACCCUAAUCUAUUACCGCCAACGAAUCCGGUACAUGUUACAGGAAAUGGGGCUCAACCACCGAAUUUUCCUUGUGUCAAUCCUUGGGCUCCGAGAAAUUCUUAUCCGCUACCGGUUCCAAGACCACCAGGUGUAUUAUCAAGUUUAAAUCAUGUUCCACCACCAUCAUUACCAUUGAAUUUAAAUCAAUCAACAGUCAAACCGCCAAUUCUUGAAAAUAAAUUUGAAAAUUCUUUCAAUCAACAAACAAAUAUAGAACCUCAAAAUUCCAAAAUUGAAAAUAAUGAUAAUACCCAUAAUUUUCACGAAAUCGAGAAUACUGCUGUAAAAAAUUCAAAUAAUGAUAAUGAAAAUAGUGAUGGUGAUCAUAUCAAUGAUUCUCAGGAUACGCCAAACGAUAAUAUUUCGAAUCAUUCAUUCGGUUCCGAUAAUAUAAACAACAACAAUAACCACAUAAAUCAUCAACAAAAUCGCGACGUCCAUGCAAGAAAUUUCAAUUCACAGAGAUUCAAUUCUCCUAUUACAAAUGAUCAAUUUCAUCCAUUUUCUAUGCUUCCUGAAGGACACAGAUAUUCACAUCCACCUUCACCUAUUCGUAUUUCCGGUCCUAUUAUAGAAGCCCCUCUCAUGAUGAACAAUCAUCGAUUUCCAUCUUCUCCUCCACUUAUGUUAAAAAAUAGAGAUUAUCCACAAAAUCAUCCACCGCCACCGCCACUUACGCAUCAUCAACCUCCAAUUUUGGGAGGUGCACUACAUCCUCGAUUUUUACCACCAUCUCCUCAUUAUGGAAAUCGUUAUCCACCUCCUGGUGGUCCACCAAUGUUUGACAGUCCCCCUAUGAGUCUUCAUCAUCCGCCACCAGUUCAAGGACCACGAUUCAAUAAUGGACCGCGUGGACCGUUUCCACCAAUCAAUCAUCAUUAUCCACAUCAUAGAGGACCACCACCACCUUCGAAUUUCUGUUCUGGUCCACCGAUUCCUCCACCGCGAAUGCCUCCAAUGCAUCAAGGACCUCGAGAAUUCUGGCAUCCAGCCGAUGGACCGAUGAUGCCUCCAUAUCCAUCGAACAAUAAUCAACGGCAUCGAAAUUUUAGAAACAAUAAUAAUUCUAGGUUUCAGCAAAGAAAUCAGAAUAUCCAACAAUCAAAAAAUAAUCGAAAUCAUAAUCAGAAUAACAACAACAACAAUAAUAAUAAUACGAAUAAUAAUGGUUAUGAUGUGGCAUCACAAUUGACAGCAAAAAUUGAAAAAAUUGAUACGAUAAUUGAUCAAUCCAAUAUCGAACCAACGAAGACAACGGAUUCGGAUUCUAAUACUGUGAUUGAAUCCUCAUCGACCGCGAUCGAAUCAUCGUAAUAUUCAUUGUGAUAAUCGUAAUUUAUUUCAUUUCGACGCAAUUUUUCGUUUCUAUUUAUGAUUUAUUUUUAUUUCAUUAUCAGCAAUUUUAUUGCAUCUUGCAUUUUUCCCAAAAAAUACGCAUACACUAAUGACUAUCAUCAUCAUCAUCAUCUUCUUCAUUUUGGCCAUAUUCAGCAUGACAGAAUCGGUUCUAAUCAUUUACAUCUACUUUAAACUUGCCAUUAUCAACAAAGUUAUUGAAUUUUUUUUUCAUUACGACAUAUUGGUCAUAAUUAAUUUUUUCAAUU